ACUUUCAUAUCUUAUAGUUUGUUUUGCACUUACUGUUCCUCCCUAGUCUUCUGAUUUAAAUGCAAUUUCUUUAAAUCAAAUAAUAGCUUUGUGACACAGUGGUUUGAACUUAGAGCACCCCUAAAGCUCUGAGCCUAGAAAUCGCCCCCCGUUGUGGACAACUUCUUCGUCCGGUCUCGGUUCCCUCGGGUGCGCAGGUGAAACGGUCAGAAAGCCAACGCGUCCCCGUCCACUGACUGCACGGUCCCGUCCGACCCAUCGCAGCGUGUUUGUGUUCACCAGGAAGUACAACAACAGAGCACAUGUGGCCCGGCUCGCUCCGCCCCGGACAUGUGACCCGUGAGCUGGCUGAGUCAGCCGGCUCGUCACGCAGCGUCAGUCUGGAGUCGCACAAUUAUGAAAAACCAACCUUCCGUUGGAGCUGCAGGCGAAGCGGAUCUCUCUUACGUCCAACGGGCUUUCCUUACGAGGCUAACACAGAGCACCGCCGAUAGAUGGAUAGAAGCCACGACGGAGCUCUUCCUGACUCUCAACGGUGAAGAGAAUGUCCCAGAAACCCUGGAUAGAAAGCACUUUCACCAAGAGGGAAUGUGUGUACAUACUUCCAGUGUCAAAGGACCCCCACAGAUGCCUUCCAGGAUGCCAGAUUUGCCAGCAGCUAGUCCGGUGCUGCUGUGGCCGGCUGGUGCGCCAGCAUGCUGGCUUCACAGCCAGCUUGGCCACCAAGUACUCGGACGUGAAGCUGGGUGAAAAUCCCAGCCUGUCCAUGCCCGAGCUGGAGGAGUGGUCGGUGGAAAAACACACAGAGGAGAGCCCCACUGACGCCUAUGGUGUCAUCAACUUCCAGGGAGGGUCUCAUUCGUAUAGAGCCAAGUAUGUGCGUUUGUCCCACGACUCACGGCCGGAGAGCAUCCUGCGGCUGAUGCUGAAGGAGUGGCAUAUGGAGCUUCCCAAGAUCCUCAUCUCUGUCCACGGAGGAGUUCAGAACUUUGAGCUGCACCCUCGCAUCAAGCAGGUGGUGGGCAAGGGCCUCAUCAAGGCUGCAGUCACCACCGGGGCCUGGAUCCUCACCGGAGGGGUCAACACGGGUGUGGCGAAGCAUGUGGGCGACGCUCUCAAGGAACACUGUUCGAGAUCAUCAAAGAAAAUUUGCACUAUCGGGAUCGCACCGUGGGGAGUCAUUGAAAACAGGAACGAUCUCAUCGGCAGAGAUAUUAUUGCUCCGUAUCAGACGCUGCUCAAUCCUCUCAGCAAACUCAACGUUCUCAACAAUCUGCAUUCGCAUUUCCUCCUGGUGGAUGACGGGACGGUGGGCAAAUACGGCGCUGAGGUCCAGCUUCGGCGGGACCUGGAAAAGCACAUCAACCUCCAAAGAAUACACGCACGAAUUGGACAGGGUGUCCCUGUUGUGGCCCUGAUCUUUGAGGGCGGUCCCAACGUGAUCCUGACGGUGCUGGAGUACCUUCAGGAGAGCCCCCCUGUCCCAGUGGUGGUGUGUGAGGGGACCGGCCGCGCUGCUGACAUACUGGCCUACGUCCACAAGCAGACCGAGGAGGGGGGGGGUCUUCCUGACGGAGUGGAGACCGACAUCAUUGCGACCAUCAAGAAGACGUUCAACUUCAGCCAGAGCGAUGCCAUCCAUCUCUUCCAGACCCUGAUGGAGUGCAUGAAGAGCAAAGAACUUAUCACUGUGUUUCACAUCAGCUCUGAGGAACACCAGGACAUCGAUGUAGCCAUUCUGAGGGCCUUACUCCAAGGCACAAACGCAUCUGCCUUCGAUCAGCUGGUCCUGACUUUGGCCUGGGACCGCGUAGACCUCGCCAAGAAUCAUGUGUUUGUGUACGGACAGCAGCUCCUGGUGAGCUCUUUGGAGCAAGCGAUGCUGGACGCGCUCGUGAUGGACAGGGUGGACUUUGUGAAGCUGCUCAUAGAAAACGGCGUGAGCAUGCACCGUUUCCUGACAAUCAGUCGGCUGGAGGAGCUCUACAACACGAAACAACCGCCCAACAAUCCGACUCUCCUUCACCUGGUUAGAGAUGUGAAACAGAGUCAUCUGCCUCCGAACUAUAAAAUCACUUUGAUUGAUAUCGGCCUGGUUAUCGAGUACCUGAUGGGGGGGACUUACAGGUGCAACUACACCAGGAAGCGCUUUCGAAUCAUUUACAACAAUCUCCAUGGCAACAGUAGGAGGUCUGGACGCCACGCGGCGGGUCCUGGUUCUCAUUUGAGGAAAAGUCACGAGUCUUUUAGCAUGCAGGCGGACAAGAAGGAGAAGACGAGGCACAACCACUUCAUCAAAACCGCACAGCCCUACAAGCCCAAGCUGGAGACUUCCACCGAGCAGAACAAAAAGAGAAGCAAAGAAGAGAUCGUGGACAUAGACGACCCGGAGACACGGCGUUUCCCCUACCCCUUCAACGAGCUGCUGGUGUGGGCCGUGCUAAUGAAGAGGCAGAAGAUGUCGCUGUUCUUCUGGCAGCACGGAGAGGAGAACAUGGCUAAGGCGCUGGUGGCCUGCAAACUGUGCCGGUCCAUGGGCUACGAGGCCAAGAAGAGCGAUGUGGUGGACGACACCUCAGAGGAGCUCAAGGAGUACUCAAAUGAGUUUGGGACGUUGGCUGUGGACCUGCUGGAGCAGUCGUUCAGGCAGGACGAGACCAUGUCCAUGAAGCUUCUGACCUAUGAGCUGAAGAACUGGAGCAACUCCACCUGUCUGAAGCUGGCUGUCUCCUCCCACCUGAGGCCCUUCGUGGCUCACACCUGCACCCAGAUGCUGCUGUCGGACAUGUGGAUGGGACGGCUGAAUAUGCGCAAGAACUCCUGGUACAAGGUGAUUCUGAGUAUCUUGGUGCCUCCUGCCAUCCUACUGUUGGAGUACAAGUCCAAGGCCGAGAUGGCUCACAUCCCUCAGAGUCAGGACGACCACCAGAUGACCAUGGAGGACAGCGAGCACAACUUCCAACACAUAGCUGAAGACAUCCAGAUGGAUGUUUUCAAGGAGGCCAGAUCCCACGACCACGUGGAGGCAAAAAAUGACAUGGAGACGCACAUUCGUUCACGGAAGCUGCCCUUAACCAGAAAAAUCUAUGCCUUCUACCACGCUCCCAUUGUCAAGUUCUGGUCCAACACGCUCUUCUACCUGGGCUACUUGAUGUUGUACACGUAUGUGGUUCUGGUGAAAAUGCCUGAAUGGCCUUCUCCUCAGGAGUGGGUGGUCAUCCUCUACAUCUUCACCUCUGCCAUUGAGAAGAUUCGAGAGAUGUUUAUGUCCGAAGCAGGCAAAAUAAGCCAGAAAAUAAAGGUGUGGUUCAGCGACUACUUUAAUGUGUCCGACUUUCUGGCCAUUGUGACAUUCUUUAUUGGCUUCGGCUUGAGGUUGGCUGGAGGCGAUGCCUUCGUCCCCGGGAGGACGGUCUAUUGUCUCAACAUCAUCUUCUGGUAUGUGCGACUCCUGGAUAUCCUGGCUGUUAACCAGCAGGCUGGGCCGUACGUCAUGAUGAUUGCAAAAAUGGUGGCCAACAUGUUUUAUAUUGUAGUGAUAAUGGCCAUAGUUCUGCUGAGCUAUGGCGUACCCAGGAAAGCCAUCCUGUACCCAAACGCGGAGCCAAGCUGGACACUGGCCAAGGACGUAGUCUUUCAACCGUACUGGAUGAUGUACGGGGAAGUGUAUGCCUAUGAAAUCGAUGGUAAGGACGAUGAGGAUGGUAGAGGAGAUUAUGAGGUGUGUGCCAACAACAGUGAGUCAUCAGUGAAGUCGCUCUGCGCGGCAGGAGUGUGGCUGACCCCUUUCCUGCAAGCCGUCUACCUCUUUGUGCAGUACAUACUGAUGGUCAACCUUCUGAUCGCCUUCUUCAACAAUGUGUAUAUACAAGUGAAGUCCAUUUCUAACCUGGUGUGGAAGUACCAGCGCUACCACUUCAUUAUGGCCUACCAUGAGAAGCCUGUCCUCCCACCCCCCUUCAUCCUGCUGUGCCAUGUGUACUCCCUUUUCUCUACGUGCCGAAAGAGGAAGAAGGAGCACACCUAUGGACCAAAGCUGUUUCUCACAGAGGAAGACCAAAAGAAGCUUCAUGAUUUCGAGGAGCAAUGUGUGGAGACGUACUUUCAUGAAAAGGACGAUCAGUUUCACUCGGGCAGUGAAGAACGGAUACGUCUUACUUCAGAAAGGGUGGAAACCAUGUGUUUGCAGCUGAAGGAAGUCGGCAACAAGGUGAACUUUAUAAAGCGUUCCUUGCACACGUUGGACUCCCAGAUUGGUCACCUGCAGGACCUCUCCGCUCUGACUGUGGACACUCUGAAGACUCUGACCGCUCAGAGGGCCUCCGAGGCCAGCAAGGUCCACAAUCAGAUCACCCGGGAACUCAGUCUGUCCAAGAACGUGGUCUCCAGCAUCGCGCCCGUGACGACGGACGGCGGCCCCCUCUCCAAAUCUUCCGCGAUAGGCAAACGCAGCGUGGGGGCCUACUUCGGCUCCUCUUUUCCUCAGGCGGGAGUCAACAUGGCGGACUCUCUUUUCGGAAUUGGCGCGGGGACAGAAAGUCGUCGCAGAGUCGGGCCCGGCCCCGGAGCGGAACUGGGGCUGGACCCCAUCCUGAACCCGGCGUUGAGCCCGGAGAGGAGGGGCUUGUCUGGGCUCGGAUACCUCGCUGCAGAGGCUGGUUCCUCAGUCAGCGCCGGCUCCGGUGCCUUUGUCCAAAGCUCCGUGGCCAUCUCCCCCCCUGAGCUGCGUCUCCGAGGCCAUUCUCUCACCCAGAGUAAGCUGACCCGUCCACAAGAGUCGGGCCUUCCCGACUCCCCAUCCAGCCUGCCCAACGUGCCCUGCCCCGGGGCUCAGUUCCACAUCAGCAGCACCCCUUCCCAGCCCAGUGGCUCCAGCCACCCAGAACUUGCCAUAGCUGGGCAUUACCAGCAGCCCCUCCAGCCAGACAACUCCUCUGUGGAGUUCGGGGCGUUUGUGGGUAAGUAUGACGAGGGCGAACCUGGUGUUGACAAUAUGACAGAGGAGGGUGAAAACUGUGUGUGUGUGUAUCCUACUGUUGUUAUUGUCUGUAAGACUCCGGGCUCUUCUCAGCCUGCUUGCUUGCCUGCUCGCAUUACGAAGCCUGAAAGCACAGAGGGGGUAGAAAGGGGAGCGGGAGAGAGGGAGGGGAGUUUGGGGUACGUGAACGAGGCGUUUUGCGACGACGAGGGCGGAUCGGGCUCUCUGAGUAGAGUAAAGAGUGCAGACACUGAAAUCCCACUGGAUCCAGAGGCGGCGGGGUCACGCAGAUACCGUGCCGCCCGUUCAGCGGCGCCCAGGAGACCCCACAGACGGAGGAAAAGUGAGUGGAGUGUGUCGGGACCCGCGGCGUCCCGCCGUGACGGUCAAAGUGUGUCAGAAGGCCGCCUUGACAGGAGGAACGCAACGAGAGGUCAUAAAGACAGUUUUGACCUCCAGCACUCUACUCCCAAAGAGACCGCCGCCUCCAGCCGACAGCAAAGCCCGGCCACGCAGACCAGAUCACAGGCUCAGCCUGAAGGACACGGUCACAUCAGAGCGGUCAACUCCUACGCCGGCUUCACGGAGUUCGACAGAAAUCCAGCUUUACUUCACCCUGAGUCGACUCUGACGAAAAAGGACAAGAGCAGAGUGUCGGCUGAAGACAUCCUCAUCCACGAGGACCCCAGGGCUGCAGUACUGGAGAGAGUUCAGGUCAAAUCAGCCCAAGCCAGCAGCCUACGAGCCUCUGGGGAAGACACACUAAAUGUUACAGCUGCAGUUUCUCUCUAUACACCACUUCACGCCCACCUCGGAGCCAGAAAAGACUCUAUUGGCUCCCCGUUCAAGCCCAUGGAAAGCUACCAGUACUCAGCUGUGGAGCGUAACAACCUGAUGAGGCUGUCUCAGAGCAUCCCCUUCACUCCUGUGCCCCCUAGAGGGGAGCCGGUGAGUGUCUACUGUCUGGAGGAGAGCUCCCCCAACACCAUCAACAACAGCAUGUCUUCCUGGGCCCAGCGGGGCCUCUGUGCCAAAAUAGAGUUUCUCAGCAAGGAGGAGAUGGGCGGAGGGCUGAGACGGGCCCUCAAGGUGCUCUGCACCUGGUCAGAGUACGACAUCCUGAAGCCGGGACACCUGUACAUAGUCAAGUCCUUCCUUCCUGAGGUGGUCCAGACUUGGCAGAGCAUCUACAAAGAGGAGACUGUGCUGCACCUUUGUCUCAGGGAAAUUCAACAACAGCGAGCUGCUCAGAAGCUCACAUUUGCCUUCAACCAAAUCAGGCCGAAGACGAUCCCUUAUUCACCGAGGUUUCUGGAGGUGUUCUUGUUGUACUGCCACUCUGCGGGACAGUGGUUUGCUAUAGAAGAGUGCAUCACCGGAGAGUUCAGGAAGUUCAACAACAACAACGGAGAUGAGAUCGUCCCCACCAACCUCCUGGAGGAAACCAUGCUGGCCUUCAGCCACUGGACCUAUGAGUACACCCGCGGAGAGCUGCUGGUGCUCGACUUGCAGGGAGUUGGGGAGAUUCUCACAGAUCCAUCGGUGAUAAAGAGCGGCGAAAAGGGAUCCUAUGAUAUGAUAUUUGGACCGGCCAACCUGGGAGAUGAUGCCAUCAGGAACUUCCGUGCAAAACAUCACUGCAACUCCUGCUGUCGGAAACUCAAACUUCCUGAUCUGAAGAGGAACGACUACACACCGGAUAAGGUGACGUUCCCACAAGAAGACCCUCCAAACCCGGGGGGAGGAGUCAAAGAGUCCCGCCACUCGAUGAGGCUGAUGCUGUGACCCAGCUGAGUGAGAGACAGAGCGACAACGCUGUUGGGAUUAUUUUAGUCGUAGCCAAGGAGGAGGGAGCGCCCAAUCAACUGGAAGAUUCACAGCCACGUUUCCACGGAAACCAGUGCAUGCAGACUGUGUGACGUUUUUUUUUGUCGGCCCCACCUAAAAGCUGUGUCGAACGCCAGUCAACCAUCUUUUGUUUCGUUUUGUUUGUUUUUUUUUUAGUUCAUACAUUUGCGGGGAGGGAUUUAAAACAUUUUGUACAAUUUUAUGACUAUAUAAAUAUAUAAACUGGAUAUAUCAACAGGUACAGUGUCAUUGCAGAGAUUUUAUUUAUUCUGAGAAGUUUGAGAAGUUGCCUUGUUUUACCAAAUAGAGAAGAGAGAGAGAGAAAAAAAGAACAAAUCUAAGUGCAUUGUACAUCUGUUACAGCAGCUUCAGAGAGGACGGCCUGCUGAGACUGAGUCACUGCAACGCUGCAGGUUGCCACCAGAUCAUUUUUUAUAAAUGUAUGAGGACUCGUAUCACAACAUUUUGUCUUUUAGUCAAGGAAAAGAUAUACAUGGAUUUGAAAAUCUUGUAAAAUAUGGGCAGAUUGCAAUGCAACUUUUACAGAAUAAUUUAUGUAAUUUUAUUGUAUGAAAAGUGUGUCCACCAAAAUAUUGCUGAUAGUUUUUAUUGUUACAAAGGUACUCUUGCUAUAUCUUUGUCAUCAACUGUUGUAUGAGCAAAUUACAAUCUAGUGUAUCUUAUAGAUACUGUUAUCUGGCAUGAGCUGAACAGAUUGAACUAUUUUAUUCAGGGGAACUGACAAACAUAAGGGUAUUACUGUAUACAUUUUGUACUGGAUAUCAUUUUAAACAAAUAAAAUGUUAAAAAGCUUUAACGACA